UUGGAGAACGAGAGCACUGUGGAUUAUGUUAUACGGGCUGAGAAUGCGGCGACAGCGCUACGAACCUCAGAAGAAGUAAUAGGCGACACGUUAUUAAUUGCGAUGGUACUCAAGGGACUGCCGAGUAGAUUCGAAACAUUUUCCGCGAUUAUUGUGCAACGAGACAAGCGGGAAAUGACAUUUGGUGAAUUCCAGGCCGCUGAUUACGUAGGUACGAGGAGAGCGAGAGAAGUCGUAGUAGUGACACUGGGGAGAAUGUUAUGUUAUUUAAGCACAACGAAAAGUCUGGAAAUUACGCACAACGAGAAGACUGGAAAUUAUAGUGGUGCAAAACUCGUAAAACGAAGCAAUGUUGAACGAACUCCGAAGGUAGGGAAUCAGCGAAGAAAAUAGAAGAACAAGAGAAAGGUUUCAAUGGACACUCGUUUACAUUCACACUAAGUGACAGUAAUUCCGAACAUUUGGGUAAGAGUAUUGAUAUCGUAUAUUAUAGCAAUUUACUUGUAGAUGCUGCAGGGUAACAAGUCAUAUUAUUAAUGAUAAGUCUAAGUUUAUAGCCUUUGAUGGAAAUUUUGAUUUAAGUUUCCACGGCAUCGAACUUGCUGAUAGCAGCAAGGCAAAUGUUUUAACAGGUAAGGGCGUAGCAAAGGUGGAGCUUUAUGACGUCAACGGAAGCUCACAUGACAUAAUCUGUAGAGGAAGGCGGCAGUAUAAGUCUUGAUAGGCAUGCUAAGCAGUUUAGAAACUCAGAUUGCACUGUUUUUUAUAUAGUCCAUGUUGGUCGUUUGUAUAAUUUGAAUAGCAUUUCAUCUUUGAGAAAUAAUGCGUAUACUCUUACAGUGACAUAGGAUCCUAGGACACUAUAACUUAAGGGAUAUACGUAAACUAGAGAGCGUUGUAGAGGGAAUGAAGACCUCAAGAUGAGAUUGAAUGCAAGAUAUGCACACAAGGUAAGAUGUGACACAGUUGAGAAGUAGAAUUUCUGAUAUAAGGGCUAAAGCCCCAUUAGAAUUGGUGCAUUCUGACCUUGCUGGGCCUGUCAAUCCAGUAGGUAAAGAUGGUUUUAAUUGAUGGCUUUAUUCCGUACUCACCCCAUCAUUGUUGCUAGAAGCUAAUUUGCCUAAAAUGAUGUGGACGGAUGCUGUUAUGGCAUUGGCAUACAUAAGGAUCGAUGCCUUAACGAUAGGCCUGGUAACUGGUAAGACCCCUUAUGAAGCUCUAUUAUUACUGGUUUAAAGCCCAAUUCAAGCAACAUGCAUGUUUUUGGUGUGGUAUGCUAUGCUUAUGUGCAGAAUGCUAAAGAGCUGGAACCCUGGAGUAACGAAGGAAUUUUGGUGGGAAAUGACAAAAAGAGCCCGGCUUACUUAGUCUACUUAGUAUAUUAUCCUGAAAGCAGGAGGGUUGAGCGGAUUAGGUGUGUUAAACUCUUUGAUUCUUUAAGCCCUGAGAACGAGGUCCUUUCAACUGAUGAAGAGGUUAACACUGUGCCUAUAGUGCAUUGCCUGGUGUAGAGCAAAACUCCAAUGUGAAUGACGCAGAGAACGAGGCCUUGCCAGAGGUACAAGAGGGUACAACAAGGUACCCAACUAGAGCUCAAACUCUUGUCUAAAUGUUGCUGACAAUAGUAUAAACCAUGCUGCAGAGUGAUGUUCCAGUCUCCUAUUCAGAAGUAGUGAGUUCCCCAGAAGCGACAAAUUGGAAAAGGUCUAUGGAUGAAGAGGUGGACUCUUUAGUAGGUAAUGAAACUUUUACACCUGUACCACCCCCACAGGACCGUGAGAUGGUGGGGGAGGGGAUGGGGUGGGUCUGCACAGUUAAGACCGGCCCCAACAAUGAGAAAACCUACAAGGCUAGGUAUUAUUCCCAAAUCCCUGGCGUAGACUAUGGUCGCUUUCCAUUUAAUGGCUUGACCGAUCAGACCCGAUUUUUUGUCUCUGUAUCAAUGGAAAGAUCUGGUCUAUGUUUCUGAAAUAUCUAGCGAAACUACACUUCCAUUCUAAUGUUAUCCAAAUUUUCCGGUCAGAUAGGUUCGAAGCCCAAACGUUUUGUGUUCCAUUCAACAAUUUGACCGUUCUGACCGGUCUGGCCUUGUUAAUGGAAACACCCUAUAUCACGAGACUUUUGCCCCUACAGCCCGAAUGAGUUCAGUUCAUGUGUUGGUGCAACAUGCAGUACAAAAUAAAAUGCUCGUGCAUCAGAUGGACUGUGUUAAAACGGCAUAUUUGAAUGAGCCUAUUGAUUGCGAUAUUUUUGUUCAACAACCGAAUGGCUAUGAAAACGAAGGAGAAAAUGGUGAAAAGCUUGUCUGUAAGCUAAAGAAAUCUUCAUGUGAGUUAAAGCGGAGUGGGAGGAAUUGGAAUAUGAUGCUGUUGCAUAAUUACUUAAAGAAAGGGUUACGCAAUAUUUUGCUGAUCCAUGUGUGUGUGUUUGCUUUGUUGGAGAUGAUGCAAAUACGUGCAUCAUUAGUGUCAUUUUGUUUGAUGACUUGAUUAUUUCAGCAGCACUGUUGUUAAGUGUAAAGGGUCGUUUGAGUAAUCGGUUUAAAAUGAAAGAUCUCGGUGCUUUGCUUUGGUUCUUCGGUACUCAGUUCAAAUGCUCAUUCAUGGUGGUAUCGAACACUACCAUCUUUACCUCUAUGAUGCUAAGUUUACUAUAUCAUCACCGACGACAAGCCGCUCGGGAUCUUCAAAAGUCAGAAUCCGACCUCGACGAGAAUCGACUGCUGGAAACUAAGACUGGUGCCCUAUGACUGCGAAGUUGUUUACAAACCAGGAAAACAUACAGAACACCCUCUUCUUCUUCCGAUUCUUCCCCCACCGACAACGCCACCGGAGCCAAUAUCAACUAUUUGUGCACCAACCUCAUCCCCAAAGGCCAAAGCUAUGAAGCUAGACGAAGUGAAGAAAACUAAGAAAGAAACCGCUAGCGACUUUAGUCCUUUAACCAACGUCGUUCGACGUGGUAACGUCGUUGUUGUAGUAAGGGAAUCGUCUCCGGAUCUCCAACAUUUUGUUUUUGUAGAAAAAUCAAAGAGGAUACGUAAAAUAAAAUGCUGGGUUUUGCUUCCUGGGUACUUGAAAUAA